AUGUGCCAAGCGUGUAUCCCAGCUGACGACUAUGACUGUGACUCGGAUCUCGAGUUCCACUCGGAUAACGAGUGUCCCUGUCCACAUGACCAUGCCCAUGACCAGGACCAGGACCACAAGGAGCCGCAUGCGCACCAUGAGCACGGACACAGCCACGAACACAGCCAUGGCCACGACCAUGAAAAUCAACACAACCACAACCACAACCACAACCACCGAGAAAUUAUCUCCGACGAAGACAACAACGAAGACACAUCCUCCCACGAGACCGUGUCAUUCCCCUCCGACCCCUUCUUCGCCCGCCUCAUCACCGCCAGCCGCCAGUUCAAAGACCAGAUCGUCAUCAAUGACAGCGCGCAGGGGCUGCAACUCACCUACGCGCAGUUCCUGCAGGAUGUGCAGGCACUGCGGGUGAAGAUCCGGGCUGCGGUUCCUGCGGAUCUGCUGGAUGCGAACGGCACGUUCAAGCAGGGCGCGGGGUAUGUCGGCGUGCUGGCGGAAAUCCAGUACCCGUUUUUCGUGGCCAGUUUGGCGGUGUUGAGCUUGGGGGGUGUCAUUGUGCCGAUGGGCCACGCCCCCGAAGCAGACCAAGCAUUCGCCAUCAUGGAAGAAUCCCGCGCGAUAGCUCUCCUCUUCGAUCCUACCCAAUCCGACCUAGCCACUGGCAUCGAAAGCGAAGCCAAGUCAGAGGGGAAGUCCACGCUCCAACUUCCCAUCGAGAUCAACCUGGCGCAGAAGAGCCCAGGAGAACAGAAGUUCCGCUUCGUUACUGACGAUAACCUGGUCAUCCCCGCCGACCGCCCGGCGCUUCUUCUCUUCGGUGGUGGGGAUGAGCCGGACGUGCUGACCCGCCAGGCCUUCUAUGAUCGAGCGACGGGUGAGGCGACGGCCGUGCCGCCGGAGAUGAGGGAUGCGAUGAUGCUGUGUAUUCUUAUAUGUUUGUCUUCGGGACCUCCGCCGUCGUGA